CAGGAACCCACGUGACCCGCCCCGGGCGGCCUUAAAGGGGCGCGGGCUGGGACCGCCCCGGGCGCAGCGCUUGGCACCGGCUGCAGUAACUGCAGGCUCAUGGCAGCAGAUCUGAGAUGCAUCUGAUGAUCCUGUACCACAGCUUAAACCAAGGGCUGACAAAAGGCUGCUUGAUGAUGAUUAAUGCUGAGUGUUGCCACAGGCUUCCAUUUCACUGCCUGCUGCCCACCCCAGCUGCACCUCCUCCUUCCUGAGAUCUCUGCCUUCCUUCCCUGGGACCCACCGGCCUGCUCCUUCUCUUCCCUCCUCCAGAGAUCACCAUGGUCAAUGAGACCCAGCCUACCUGCUGUGCCAGUCCCAGCUCCAAGUCUGAUGGUGGCAGCAGCAGUGGGAGCGAGGGCUCCAAGGAGAGUUCCCGCUGCUCCACCCCGGUGCUGGACGGGGACCGGCACGAGCGGCUGCGGGACAAGAUGCGGCGGCGCCAGGACUCUGGAGACAAGUGGUUUUCCUUGGAGUUCUUCCCUCCCCGCACGGCCAAUGCUGCUGUCAAUCUCAUCUCCAGGUGACGAAGCAGGUAAUGGGGCUGUGCUUUCCUGCUGAGGAGGGUAAUGGACACCAGGUUUGACCGCAUGGGAGCGGGUGGCCCUCUCUUCAUUGAUGUGACGUGGCACCCUGCAGGAGACCCAGGAUCUGACAAGGAGACCUCCUCAAUGAUUAUUGCCAACACUGCAGUCAACUACUGUGGGCUGGAGACCAUCCUGCACAUGACCUGCUGCAAUCAGACCAAGGAGGACAUCACAGGGCACCUGCAGAAAGCCAAGAGGCUCGGGUUGAAGAACAUCAUGGCACUGCGUGGAGAUCCUUCUGGUGAGGAAUGGGAGGAAGAAGUAGGUGGCUUCAACUAUGCUGUUGAUCUGGUUAAGCACAUUCGCAGUGAAUUUGAUGACUACUUUGACAUCUGUGUGGCAGGGUACCCCACAGGUCAUCCUGAAGCAGAGAGCUAUGAGGCAGACCUGAGGCACCUGAAGCAGAAAGUCUUUGCAGGGGCAGACUUCAUCAUUACACAGCUCUUCUUCCGCUCAGAAACCUUUCUCAAGUUCAUGAAGGACUGUCAAGCCAUUGGCAUCACCUGUCCUAUUAUUCCUGGCAUCUUCCCCAUACAGGGUUACCACUCCCUGCGCCAGCUGGUGAAGCUCUCCAAGCUGGAAGUACCCCAAGAAAUCAAAGAUGUCAUUGAACCCAUCAAGGACAACGAUGCAGCUAUCAGGAACUACGGGGUGGAGCUGGCAGUGUCCAUGUGCAGGGAGCUGUUGGACAGUGGCGUGGUCCAUGGGCUCCACUUCUACACCCUCAACAGGGAAGUGGCUACAACCGAAGUCCUGAAGCGUUUGGGCAUAUGGAAGGAGGACCCCAGGAGGCCUCUGCCCUGGGCAGUCAGUGCUCACCCCAAGAGGAGAGUUGAAGAUGUGCGCCCGAUCUUCUGGGCCUCCAGGCCCAAGAGUUACAUCUACAGAACCCAGGAGUGGGAUGAUUUCCCCAAUGGCAGGUGGGGUAACUCCUCCUCUCCAGCAUUUGGGGAGCUGAAGGACUAUUACCUCUUCUACCUGAAGAGCAAGUCUCCCCGAGAGGAGCUCCUGAAGAUGUGGGGAGAAGAGCUGACCAGUGAGGAAAGUGUCUUUGAGGUGUUCACAUGUUACAUCACUGGAGAACCCAACAAAAAUGGGCACAAGGUUACAUGCAUGCCAUGGAAUGAUGACCCUCUUGCCACUGAAACCAACCUCCUGAAGGAGCAGCUGGAGAAGGUUAACAGAAGAGGAAUCCUGACCAUCAACUCCCAGCCAAACAUCAAUGGCAAACCAUCCACAGACCCCAUUGUAGGCUGGGGGCCCAGUGGGGGUUAUGUCUUCCAAAAGGCAUACCUGGAGUUCUUCACCUCCAGUGAGAUUGUCACGGCACUGCUCAAAGUGCUGAAGAAGUAUGAGCUGAGAGUGAACUACCACAUUGUCAAUGUCAAGGGCCAGAAUAUCACCAAUGCUCCAGAUCUGCAACCCAAUGCUGUCACCUGGGGUAUCUUCCCAGGCAGGGAGAUCAUCCAGCCCACUGUGGUGGAUCCUGUAAGCUUCCUCUCCUGGAAGGAUGAGGCCUUUGCCCUGUGGAUUGAGCAAUGGGCCAAGCUCUACGAGGAGGAGUCUCCGUCCCGCAUGAUCAUCCAGUACAUCUAUGACAACUACUACUUGGUCAACCUGGUGGACAACGACUUCCCACUUGAAAACUGCCUCUGGCAGGUUCUGGAUGAUACUUUUGAGCUGUUGAAUCUCCAACUCAGCAGUGAGAAUUCCUCUUCUAACCCUUUGCUCCCUCUGGCCACUGAUGGUGGGGAGAGGAAAAGCAGUUCCUGAGCUGAUGGUGGAGCACACACUCCUCAGCCCCGUGGCCAUCAUACCUCUGACCUGCUCACACUACAUCCUCCUCUGUCCCCAACAUGAAGGCCACCCAGCUCCUCACUGAACAAGAGCCAGAACUACCUGAACCUCUGAGCUGAGACUCCAGACUGAGAUGGAAGGUCAGCUCUGGAGGAUGAAGAGGUGCUAAUCAUGGCUAUGUUAAUUACAGUGACAUCCAUGGGAAUAAAACUCAGUGAUUCUGGUAACUUUCUUGUGCCAGAAAUGCUGCCUUAAGGGCAGAAAUGCUCCUAUCA